AUGAUGACCGAACUCCUGAUGCUCGAGGAUCCACGUACGGACAACCUCAUCUCUCGAGCAGACUUCAACCUCCAGUUCCCACCCCUGAGGGACCAAGACACGGAAACUGCAUUCGCGCUCGCAAUAUCUCAAGCCCAGAAGUCAUGUCUCCGCACACAGAGCUGGCACUGGCAACGCGACAUGCUGUUUAGCAAACGGUGGUAUCUCUCGCUCGACAUGAACAGAAAGAAGGUCUUCCUCGGCCCGCGCUUGACGAGACAGGAAUUGCAGAAUUUGCGAGAGUAUCGGCAAGGGCUGAGGAAGAACGUGGCCAGGAGACGUAAUGGCGCAGCGUGGUGCUGGAUGACUGUCGAGUGGAGUGGAGAUUUCAACUCUACGCUGAGUCUCCCUCCUCUGAUCGCGCCGGGCGAAAAGUAUGUGCCGUUUGAAGCUCUGUGGCCGAACUUCGUGCGCGCGCCAGGGAAUGGACGAGUCGAGACUGGAGGUCUGAAGGCUCGGGUUGAGGAGACUACUGGCGCGGCUUCAGGUGAGAUCGAUCUCACUCUCGAAGGGCUUUUCGAUUUCGACGGAUACUAUGGUGAGGUCUCGAUCAGCAACCACGACGAGCCGCAGCGACCUGCUACCUUCACAUCAGCUACUCAGGUGCUGCCAUCGAUAGAGCACAGCACGCCUGCAGCAUCUGAACAAACGGCUUUGGCUAUCGCUGCCGCCUUCCAGCGCGCUCAGAUGGGCACGAAACGUCGCACGUCCUCCAGCGCCAGCGUGUCAACUCACAAGCGCACCAGGAUAUUUAGCCCACUCUCCGGCAACGCAUCAGCAGAAGCUAAGGACAACCAAAUACCUACGCUUCCCAACGUUCACAAAGCGCCGGACAUAUCCAACACGGGAGGGGUCAUGCAAUCAGCUGCCCUCACUUCAAUCGAUUCGGGUAAGUCGUCCUACGUGCACGAUGCGAGUCAUGAGAGGACCCGUCGCGACGACAGUGUGCUCGUAGAAGAAUGA